CAAAAGAACAUUCCGUACGCAUGCGCAAGUCCGUAGGUGUGCGCAGCGGUUUUUCCUGAGUCUCGUUUUUUGUGGAUGUGAGCUAAAACCAGAGAUGGCGAGUCCCACAGUUUGUCUGGUUGUUCUUCUUUUAGUCGCCGAGUCAACGACCAAGCAGCUGAACACGGAAAAUAUCUUGAUUAACGUGACAACAGGAACACUUCCAGACACCAAGCUACAACAGUCCAACAGCUUACAGAUCAAUUUUAACAUCUCAGUGGGCGAAGAGCAGGUGCUGGUCAAUGAGAUCCCAGUGGAGCUUUUCGGAGUCACCAGGUUCAACUGCCAGGCUCUUCUCUUGGAUAACAGCAAUGGAAGCAGUGAGUUUGAUUCGGGGGACUUGCUGUCGACCGUCACCCGUGUGAUGGUGAGCCAGAACAGGCUGUUCAGCGACUCCGAUGAGGUUGUGGCUCUUCAGGUGUUCAGUGAAGUGAUAGAGUUGGAAGGCAAAGAGGUCCAGCAACCUGACAUGUGUGAGGUGAAAAUACUGAUGAGCCCAGACUUCCAGAAGCUGGCUCAGUUUACCAACAUUUACCCCAUUGGACACAGUGAGAUCUUUAGGAUUCCCAGAGAAAAUGAUGUGGUUGUCACAGAUCCACCAAACUCUAGAAGAGAUGAAGAACAGCUGAUGUCUCAGACCACCAGCCAGUACCCCCACACAGAGAAGCACUCAGAGACCACGCAGGAGGAGAUUGCAGCUCCAGGGAAGCUUCCAGAAACUCCACUGCGUAUGGACCCCGACCUGCUGUCUGAUGUCAGAUACAGCAACGAGUUUAAGGACACAGAACCAAGCCCGUCGGAUCAGAACAAGAUGGGCAGCCCACCCAAGGAAGUGACAUCAUCCUACUCUGCCAUGUGUCAGUGGGUGGAGCAAGCGAGGGAGCGUCUACGGGACUUCUGCUAUGAGUCCCUGCCCAUCUUCUUCCUAGUCAUGUGGGUGGUUGUGAUUGGUGUUGUUGGAUCAGCAUUCAUUGUCAAGAUCUUGGACCUGUUCUUCCCGGCCUGUGAACACAAGCACAUUUUCCACAUAAACCCCAUCACUCUAAUGCCAGAGGAGGAGAAGCUCAGUCUGCUGGAGAGUGCAGAAUUAGAGCCACCUGAAGAAGAUACGAAGCCUUGAAGAAGAGCAGGCUUGGCCCAGCUCAUUUUGUUUCUGAUUUGCAGUUUGGUUAUGGCCUCUGGUUCUGUUCCCUGCUUACAGUCAGACCUGUGACCAAUGCUUACCAUUUCAAUUCAGUUUACUGUUUAGUCUUGGCACCUGAUGAAGGUGACCGUCAACGUAUAUCUCCCAGUGAAAUGACCAAGUCCACCAUGGGAGCAGUGGUGGACUUUUUUAAUUAAUUAGCUUCCAAAACAUGGGGGAGGAAUUGAGGUUCCGUUUAAUUUGCUCCAAACAUUUCAUUCUCAAAUAUUUCACCACUAUAAAAGGAAUCUUACACACUUCUGCAACGACUGGAAAUGCAGAAGGCCUGGUGUGUUUGUUACCUCUGUUAAUGACCGACAGCAGCAAUAAUAAACUAAACAGUUUCUUCUGGGCUUUUUAAAAAGAAAUGGUAAUUCAUGAUGGGUUACCUCUUCCCAUGUUUUUCUGUUAAACACUUAAUUUUUUCAGUAUAAAUGAAGUUAGCGUAUUUAUCUAAACACAGUUCCUUUAAAGCCAGUGGAAAAUCAGGCAAAUUUAAAGCAUAAAUAAAGAAACUCCCGACAGUGAUCAUGUGAUACCAAAACAAUGAAUCUUUUUUGUAAAGUUUUGUUUCGUUUUAUUGGUAUGUCUUUUUAGUGGUUGUAGUCACAAAUGGCUGAUGUGCAGCACUGUACGCUUAACAGAAGAGAAUAGAGAUGCACCGAUCAGGCUUUUACUGGCUGUUAACAAUUACCGCUCUCCUUUGACCUGCUGAUUCUUUUUUUUUCUUUUUCAUUGUGACCCAUAAAAAAAACAAGUGUUGCAGGUUGGUAGUUGAGUGCAGGAGAACGUCCAGCAAUCGCCCUUAUUUAUCCAUUAAAACAUUAACCAUUGUUUUUGUUGAGCUGGAAAAAGUGCAUUAGAAGAAGAUACAUUUUGAAGAGUUUUAAUUUUGAUGUAUGUAUGUAUAUAUAUAUAUAUAUAUAUAUAUAUAUAUAUAUAUAAAUAAAUAUGAUCAGAGCCUAUCAGCAGAAACUUGUCCGACUCCCUGGACGACUGAUUGGUUCAUCAAUCUGAUCCUACUGCACAGCUGAAAACUUUGAAUGCAGUACAAUAAAUAGUUGUUUUUAUUUGCAAGCAGGCAGUGCCUGCUCUUCUGUCGCACUUUAACUGGAAAUCAUUAGCGGUGAAACAAGGCAGCCCUUUGAGACAAAUCUAUGCAGAUCACUUUCUCGGCAUGUUUCGUGUCACAAUUUAGAAACAGUUGAAUGUUAUUACUGAGAAGCAGCUCCUUGUGAAGCCUGCUGCACAUCUGUGAGGUUCUGCUGAUUGUUCUGCACAGUGAGGAGGAGGGGUUUGUGUGGCACUAAAGUACCAGUGUGUGUUGCUUACUGUACAUCCAGGAAAGUAUUCACAGUGCUGCACUUUUCCCACAUUUAGUUACAUUACAGACUUUUUCCAGAUUGUAUCAAAUUAAUCUCUUACCUCAAAAUCCUGCAGACAAUACUCCAUUAUAACAUGUGAAAGAAGUUUGAAAUUGUUACAAUUUUAUUACAAAUAAAAAACUAAGAAAUCACAUUUCUAUUUAGUAUUCACAGCUUUUGCUUAAUCCACCUUUACAGCCAAAUUGCUGAAAACCAUCCCCAUAGCAUGAUGCUGCCACCACCAUGUUUCAAUGGUAUUGGUCUGGUGAUGAGCAUUGCCUGGUUUUCUCCAAACAUGACACCUGGCAUUCAGAUCAAAGAGUUCAGUCUUUGUCUCAUCAGACCAGAGAAUUUUGUUUCUCAUGGUCUGAUAGUCCUUCAGGUGCCUUUUGGCAAACUCCAGACGGGCUGCCGUGUGCCUUUGAUGAAGGAGCAGCUUUCAUCUGGCCAUUCUAUCAUACAGGCCUGAUUGGUGGAUUGCUGUACAGAUGGUUGUCCUUCUGGAAGGUUCUCCUCUCUCCACAGAGGAACAAUGGAGCUCUGACAGAGUAACCAUGGGAUUCUUGGUCACCUCCCUGACUAAGGACCUUCUCCCCUGAUCGCUCAGUUUACACGGCCAGCCAGCUCUAGGAAGAGUCCUGGUGGUUCCAAACUUCUUCUUUUUACUAAUGAUGGAGACCACUGUGCUCAUUGGGACCUUCAAAGCAGCAGAAAUUGUUCUGUAUCCUUUGACUUCAUGCUUGAUGUUUAUGCUCUGACAUGCACUGUCACUGUGUGAGACUUUAUAUAGACAGGUGUGUGCGUUUCCUAAUCAUGUCCAUUCACAGAAUUGACUCCAUUUAAGCUGUAGAAACAUCUCAAGGAUGAUCAGUGGAAACGGUAGGCACCACAGCUCAAUUUUGAGUUUCAUGGUAAAGGCUGUGAAUACUCACUUAAAUGUGAUUUUAGUUUUCUAUUUGUGAUAAAUUUGCAACAAACUUCUUUCUCAUGGUCAUAAUGGGGUAUUAUGUGGAGAAUUUAGAUGAAAGAGAUUCAUUUGAUACCAUUUGGAAAAAGGCUGUAACAUAACUGAAUGUGGAGAAAGUGUAGCGCCAUGAAUACUUUACAGAUGCACUGUACAUUGAAAAAGACAAAUGAAGUUGAUCAUAAUCUUCCUGCAUGGUGAACACAAAAGAACUCUGAACAGAUGUAAACUACAGAACAAGAUGAACCACAAAGUCAUUAUUGAAGUGACUCAGCACUUGGUCUGUAUUUGCCUGUGAAAGCUGGGCAGAUGUUGCUAAUCUCAUGUUCUGUAAUCUAGAGUGCCUCAGAUGACCCAUUUCUUCUCAUCACUGUUUAACCAGGCUGGUGUCUUAGCAAUCUAACAGGCUGUUAGUCCGACGCUAACAUAAACAUGCUUUUGUCUAUUCUUGUUCCACUUUUCAGUAGAAACUGGCAGUUUUUACUUGGAUCAGCUGAGAUCACCAGUCUGGACAGGACUCUAAGAGCAGGAAUGCAUGAUGUUUGCUCUUUAGAAAAAAACAUGCAUGUGUUGUGUAGCCAGUGAGCGUGGCAGCCAUCCCCAAACUAAAUCAGCUCUUAUGGCAGGCAAUAUGGAAGCAUGAAUUUUUAGAGAUUUUGCUGAAAAAUGAAACAUUUGAUAUAGCUCUGUUCAAUCUGUAUUGCAACUGGGUUGUGUUUUGGGGUUGGAACCUGGGCUUAAUAAAUGCUUUCCUUACAGUGA